AUGAUCGAAAUCGUCAUUUUUAUAAAUUUAGUAUCACUAUGCAAUUUUCUUCAAAUAAUUACAAUAUGCUCAGCAAAAGCAACACCAAAAAGAAAAGAAGGAAUAAAAACGAAAGAUCAACUAUCAACAACUUUUUCGACUGAUUCGAAUGCAGAACCAACAAGAAAACCAGUUUUGACUAUUUCGAAAACACGUGCGAGUUCAAAAGAAAAUGUUGAGAAAAAACCCGAAAAUCUGCCGGAAAUUCAGAAGAAAUCCCAAAAAUUCAAGAAGAAGAAGUCGAAUGAUAAAGAGAAAGAAAAAUCAACUUCACUUGAAACUAUUACAAAAGAUAUACAAAAAUCGAAACGAUUUGCGGAACAAAGUAGGAACACUGAUAAAAUAGAUCAGAGAAAAACAUGGGCUGCUGAAAUUUCGAAAAAGGUGAGGUCAAAACGUGUUCACUUAUUCAGAAAAACAACAUUUAUUUUAGAAAUGUGCCCAACUUGCAAAACUGCACAAAGAAAGAGUAAAAGGAUUUGUUGCUCCCCGUACUUCUUAUAAAGCAUUUGAAUCAAAUCAAUCAUUGAAUAGAUUCAGUGAUGUUUUUUGUAUUGAUUCAACAAGAGUUAUUCUCAAAAAACAACAAAAUGAUUAUAUUCAUGCUUCUUGGAUUCAUAUUCCUGAUUCUCAAACAUCAUAUAUUUUAACACAAGGACCACUUACUGAUACAAUUUCUGAUUUUUGGACAAUGUGUUUGCAAGAGAAAAUAAAAUAUAUUGUUAUGUUAUGUCCUUUAAUGGAAGACGAAGAACAAUGUGCACAAUAUUUUCCAGACGAAAUUGGGCAAAAAGAAAAAUAUGGAAAUUUUGAAGUUACAUUUCAAAAAAGAUGUGAAGAACCUGUGGAAAAUGUUGGACAUUCUAUUUUGAGUGUAGCGGAUGGUGAAAAACCAGCAGUUGAAAUCAACCAUAUUUGGGUGACUUGGUGGAUUGAUCAUUUAGCACCAAAUAAUCCAAAAGAUAUUAUCAAAUUAAUAAAUUGGGUUAAAUCACACAAUCCUCCAAAAACCCCAAUUUUAGUACAUUGUAAUAGUGGAGCAGGAAGAGCUGCAACAUUUGCUGCAAUUGAUUAUGCAAGUAUUCGAUUGAAACAAGAAUCUGAUAUUGAUAUGGUUAUUAUCAUAAGAGAAUUGAGAAAUAUGAGAUAUCAAGCAGUCCAAUCACAUCUACAAUUUCUUUUUAUUCAUGUCUGUCUCCUUGAAUUAUUUAUUCAGGUAUUUUGAAAAUAUUUAUCAAUUAAAAAAUUUUUAUUUUCAGAAAGGUAUAAUUGAAAGAGAUUCUGCUGUCGAAUUAUUUAUGGAAGAAUACAGAAAACAUGCUGAUAAUAAAUUGGCUAAACGAAAGGCUGGUGAUAUGGGAUCCAAAAAUGAGAAACAACUUUUGCAUCAUUGA